ACGGGAGGCCUGAAGCAGCUGUACAUGCGCAAGCUGCUGCCGCUGGAGGAGCACUACCGCUUCCACGACUUCCACUCGCCCGCGCUGGAGGAGGCCGACUUCGAGAACAAGCCAAUGGUGCUGCUCGUGGGGCAGUACAGCACGGGCAAGACCACCUUCAUCCGGUACCUUUUAGAGCAGGACUUUCCAGGCAUGAGGAUUGGUCCUGAGCCUACCACAGAUUCUUUCGUUGCUGUGAUGUAUGGAGAUGCAGAAGGGAGUACUCCUGGAAAUGCUCUGGUGGUGGACCCGAAGAAGCCAUUCCGCAAACUCAGCCGCUUUGGAAAUGCUUUUCUGAACAGGUUUAUGUGCUCUCAGUUACCUAAUGAGGUUCUGAAGAGCAUCAGUAUCAUUGACAGUCCUGGCAUUCUUUCGGGAGAGAAACAACGCAUCAGCAGAGGCUAUGACUUCUGUCAGGUCCUCCAAUGGUUUGGUGAGCGAGUAGACCGCAUUAUCCUCCUCUUUGAUGCCCAUAAACUGGAUAUUUCUGAUGAGUUUUCAGAGGCCAUUAAGUCAUUCCGAGGCCAGGAUGACAAGAUUCGGGUGGUGCUUAACAAAGCUGACCAAGUUGAUACACAACAGUUGAUGAGGGUCUAUGGUGCGCUCAUGUGGUCCUUGGGAAAAGUGAUUAACACUCCGGAGGUGUUGCGAGUCUACGUCGGUUCUUUUUGGGCCCAACCUCUUCAAAACACUGAAAAUCGGAGGCUCUUUGAAGUAGAGGCCCAAGAUCUCUUCCAUGACAUUCAGAGUCUUCCACAGAAGGCAGCUGUGCGAAAACUCAAUGAUCUCAUCAAGAGGGCAAGACUUGCAAAGGUCCAUGCUUAUAUCAUCAGCCACCUUAAAAAGGAAAUGCCAUCUGUUUUUGGAAAAGAGAACAAGAAGAAGGAGUUGAUCAGCAGACUACCCGAGAUCUAUGUAGAACUGCAACGAGAGUACCAAAUCUCACAAGGGGAUUUCCCAGAGGUCAAGAAAAUGCAGGAACAACUGGAGGUUUGUGACUUCACCAAAUUUCAUUCUCUGAAACCAAAGCUGAUUGAAGCGGUGGAUAACAUGCUGGCAAAUAAAAUUGCCUCUCUGAUGAGUCUAAUCUCUCAGGAAGAAAACAACAUGCCUACAGAGAUGGUGCAUGGUGGAGCAUUUGAUGGCACCAUGGCGGGACCCUUUGACCAUGGGUAUGGGGAAGGUGCCAAGGAAGGAGCUGGUGAACAAGAGUGGAUUGUUGCCAAAGAUAAACCUGCAUAUGAUGAGAUCUUCUAUACCCUGUCACCAGUCAAUGGAAAAAUCUCAGGGGUUAGUGCGAAGAAGGAAAUGGUGACUUCCAAAUUACCAAACAGUGUCCUGGGGAAAAUCUGGAAACUUUCAGACUGUGAUAAUGAUGGGAUGUUGGAUGAUGAGGAGUUUGCAUUGGCAAAGCAUCUCAUCAAGAUUAAACUAGAUGGGUAUGAACUACCCAACAACUUGCCUCCACACCUCGUGCCACCAUCACACAGGAAACCUUUGCAGGUGUCAGAGUGAAAAAUACAGGGAGGGGUAUUGAUUAAUUGAGGGAAAUGCCUAUCCAAAUGAAAACAAUCCAAAUCUUUUUCAGUUGUGUAGAACCACCAAGGCUCAUAAUUUAGCUUUAGAGGCCAUCCUUAAAUCACAACCACAUUCCAUGCAAGUUACUGUAAUUAGCAGCAUAGUAAAAGGGUUACCUGCAUAAUACCUCUGGCUGACCAUAGAAAUGUUUAUCACAAGUGCCUUUUGUAGUAGCUUCCAUACUUCCAUACUUGAGCUGAAAAGGCUUUCUUUGAGAGUCAGUCCCUGUAUAACUUACUCUGUCUACACCCCAAAAAAGCAGAAAAGGUCAUAAAUAACAUCAUCAAAAUUCUGCCAUAUAACUAAGGCAGAAGUAGUAAAAAAAAAAAAAAAAAAAAACCAGUUUGACUGCAUGUCCUGUUUCUGAUUCUAAUGUUAAUCCUUUGGAGGGAAGCGUGUCAAGGAAAUAACUUUUUAUUUAAAAAAAUAAAAUAAAAUAAAAAAAGAGUUGAGAUGUAGUGAAUAUUUUUAAAAUUUACCAGUGAUUAUUUUUAAAAAUCUGUAAAAUAUUAAAACAGCUGUUUAAAAUCUGCUAUAACUGUCUGUUGUUAGACUGAACAGUUGUCUUGCUUUGCUGUUUAUACAGCACGCUGUCUCUAGUGUCUAUCUGUUAAAAAGGGUUAGAUCUACACUGAGUAUGGGAUUUCUGAGUUUUUUCUGUUUAGCUGGUUUACACAAUACAAGUUACAUUCUCCAAAGGAAUCAGUGAUAUGAAAUUCCUCAGGUUUUCAGGUGUGUAGGCUUGGCUCUCAGAAGGGCGGGGAGUCCAAAUGUUUUAGCAGAAACAGAAGCCUCUUUUUGAUUUGAGAAAAAGUGGGUUAUAUGAAACUUUAGCAUAUUCCAAAUGCAUAUAAGUUGACUUGAUAAAUUCUCUUCAGAUUUUAGUUGAUGGGCUGUUCCUAAUUCUGGGUACCCCACUUAAUUUCUUUUACUUCAGCGAAGUUUUAUAUUGUCAGUAGGUAGCUGGUAAAUGCAGAAAAGAGAUUCCAUUCUUUAUUAUAGCAUUGCAUUUGAAAGACAAGCUCUUAGGGGAGCUAAACUUCCACUGAAAUCAGAAGUUGUCUUUCAGCUCCCUUUAGUGGAAGCUCUAUUGGUUCUUUAGAGUAUUAUUAAUAAACUGAAAAGAAAAAAACUGGAAGGAGCAUAAAUUCACCAACAUUUCAGUGUCCUUCAAGCAGUACAAUGGAAGAGAACUGAUCAUACAGGUUACAUACAAUCAAUUUUAACAGAUCCCUGUUCAGUGCUUCAGAGGAAGGCAAUUUCUCAUCCCCAUGAAUUUCAGGAUAGUUUUGGAGGGACAAAAUCUUCCUGAUGCCAAAUUUGCCAACCAGCUCAGGUCUUUGUGCCUCAGCAGUAAAUGCCUUUUAAUACCUUUACUAUGGAAUAACAUGGGUAUCAAAAUAAUGGUAAUAUUGAGCAUUUUUUCUCUUGAAUCCCAGCAGAAUGUAUUUUUACAAUACCUUCUGGGGCAAAGCAAUCCAAAGAACCCCCUUAGAUGAAGGAGGGAGAUUUUUUUAAAUAUAUUUUUGUCUUUAUUACUACUAGUACGUAACCUGAUGGCUGAAGACAGAAUAUUAAAAAAUAAUAAUAAACCCCUCACCAGGUAGAAACAAAAAUUUUAAUGUACCCUUUUAUGUGAUUCUAGUUUAUAUUUAUAGUAACAUCUUGUGUAUGUGUUCAAUAAAGCCACAAAAGAGAUUGUUAUAUGCGU